GCAGCCUCUUUCAUCCAGCCGCUGUUCCCGACGCGCCACCAUGACGCACGUCGCUAAUCUCGUCGCUGUCAUUUUAACAUCAUCACUCCUGAGAUGGACGCCUGCAGAAGCCUCGCUCUUCUGCACCUGGGCAAAAGUUUUGCGAAACGGAGAAGUGCACUACUUUUUCCUCCGGGGCGACCCCCUGCAGGCUCCUCCAUCUCUGCGGUUCUACCACAGCUCCUGGUCCGGGGAGCGCGCUCCGCUCAGCUGCGCUUGGAGCGAGGACGCAGCGGUUAUCCAGAACUAUUUGUCUCUGUGCCACGAGCGCGGGCACGAGUUUCCCAAAGAUCCAGAUGAGAAUUUCGAUCCGGAAUCCAUGUUUGAGGCAGAGGAUCUGUGCGUCCCUGUGGCCUCUCCGGGUGUCGACGGGCACCGGGAGCGCACAGGGAAGAGGCUGGCGAGGAGCGUCGGUGGGCUCAGCGCGGCCGGUUCAUCGGCUGUGAAUCAUCAAGGUCAAGCUGAAAGGUCAGAGGUCAGGGCCCAUCAUCGUGUAAAGCGCGGUUUCAUUGUACCAGGGACUCUCUGGUGCGGCUCUGGCAACAAGGCGCCAUCAUAUGCAGAUUUGGGAGUUUUUGCGGACACAGACAGCUGCUGCCGUGAACACGACCAGUGCAAACACACCAUCCUGUCCUUUCAGUCAGAGUUUGGUGUCUUCAACAACGAGCAGCUGUCAUGUGCUGUCUACAAAGAUCUUGACGCGUGCAGGAACAAGAUCCUUCCCCAGCAGAGGAGAUACGGCCUCCACAACCCAGAGGCCACGACGCUGUACCACUGCAACUGUACCACCAGGUUAUUCCAGACUUUGGCUACACAGAGACAACUGACUGAAGUACAGGCUCUUCUGCUCGGACAUGUGUCUCAAUCCUGCUUCCUGGCACAGGACUGCACAGCAGGCAAAAUCUGUACAGCAGUUCUGGUGAAAGCGGAGCUUCCUCAGCUGGACCAGAGGAGCAGCACAGAAGUAGAGGAGCAGCGCCAUCUACAGGCAAUGCAACUGAAGGUCAGGAGGCCAAACAGCAGGAGAGCGAAGAGAAAAGACAGAGCUGUCAGGCUUCACAAACUGUGUCUCAGGAUGGUCCGACCCAAACGCAACAAGACCAGGAAACAGGGUAAAGAUGGACAACAGACGACUGUAAGACGAAGAGAGCUCGUCCAAAUGUGAAUAUUAUAGAAAGUCAAAGGGUUCAAUAUUAGUUAGAUAGAUAAGACAUCAUGGAAUAAACAGUCAUGAAUAAAACAUAAAAACAGUUUCAGUUUAUUUCAGGUCAUUUUCAAUUAAUUCCAGCACUCAAAAGUCUGUUUUUAUGAUUUUUUCCAUCACUAUAUCCCUUUUCAUCACACAAGUAAACAGUUAUGAGGAACAGAUUGAUCAUUUUUAUUUGAUCUGACUAAAUGUAUUGAUAGAUAAAAGAGCAAACUCUUAUUUACAAGAUGUAAAACUAAAAAAACAGACUUUGGAAAAAUAUUUCAAAUAGAAUAAAUAAAA